AUGCAAGAAAUUGUGGUGACUUUUAGUGAUUGGCAAUUUUUUAUGAGAGAAUCUAUGAAUACUGAAGCGAUGCAUGUUCUGGUUAAGUACGAUGGUGAUAAACAAAUAUCACUUUUAAUACCUCUAAGUUCUAUAUUUGGAUUCUGUAAAGAUGUCGAUACAGUAUUUAGAGGUGUUAAACAUACUUUACAACUCGAUAGGGCUGCCACAGCUAACUACAUUUUAAAAGAUAGUAAUAUUGAUGACGGAAAAUUUAAAAUAUCACAUGUUUCAAUGUGGAUGCCUAAAGUAACUCCAUCAUUAGAAGUAGCUAGCCAGUUAGAGGCCAAACUUAUGGAUUCUGUUCAAUUAAUAGACUAUGACAGAAUUAAAGAAAGCUUUUUUGUUUUUCAAAAUAUGAACUAUUUAGGCACUGACGACACAGACCAUAUGGUAAAAAUCGUAAAUGAAGCAAUACAUGGAUACGCGAAGUAUUGGAUAGAUCUGUAUGUAAGAUGUCUUAAACACAACGAUAAUGUGUAUGUUUCCUUGAUGAAUAGUGAAGUUAUGAGAAAGCUAGAAACUGCUUUCCCGGAGAUAAACACAGAUGAUAUCCCUAAAAUACCCAGAAUAUCAUUUCUCAAUGUGCCUAUUAAAAAGACUAAACGAAAAAGAACUAGCAGUGGAAGUCAGGAAUCAGAAAUUAUUAAGGAGUUACAUGAGAAGUGGCAACCAGCAACUCAUGGUUUAAUCAGGACUCUGUCUGAUCUAAGUGUGCAACCGAAAACAUUAGAUGAUUGCAAAACGAGAAUAGAUGAAUGUGAACAAAGGAUGCAAACAAAUGAUAGGUUCAUUUUAUACAACGCCUUCCGUUACGGCCGUUAUUUGUAUGAGGUCAAAGCUGUAUUCGCUCUCGAAAAGAAGUACGGUUCAGGAAACUUCAACGAGAGGAUAAAUUCCAAUUGCCAUGUGAAGAAGAGUCGUGCACACGAGUACAUCAACUUUUAUGACAACUUCGAGAAAUAUCCCAAGCAGUUGGUAAUCAUGGGUUUAUUCAUGUUGGCAUUCUAUCGGUUAACAAAGUCAAGAGAAUAUUAUCGCAAUCAGUUAAAUGGUAAUGAUCGAGAAGACACUAUGUCGGAUAUAGUUUUUUCUAAGUCUGCUAUCGAAGAAAACCAUGCAGUAGAAAUAAGAAGUUGCUUGAAUAGAGAAGAGCCAGUAAGGAAGGUCUUAGAUACUUUUUUCUUAUACGUUUGGACUCUCAAAGUGCGUUUUAAUGUAUUUUACGUCAAGUACGAUAUAGCGUUAGUUGCUACUAUCGACGAAGAUUCUAGCUACUUGGGUUUAUUGGCCCUUAUACAUUACGAUUAUACGCGUAUUUCUAGUAGUAUUUUAUUUUCAUGUUAUUGGAAUAACUAA